GUAGUCAAUGUCGAGGAACAAGUAUUCUGUAUUCUGUGACGUGGCCAUUGUAGUAUAAGCAGGGGUGGGAUUGACGGCGUUUUGACAUUUGCUAUUGUCACGGAUUGACUUUUGCGGCAUUUUGAAAUAAACGCUUAGUUGUGAGAAACUAUGUCUUCUAAAGCGGAGAAGGAUAAACAGAAGCAAAUUCAAGAUAGAUGUCAGACGUUAUUAAAUGAUAUGCUGAGAGACGAUGACAAUAAAUAUUGUGUGGAUUGUGAUGCUAAAGGACCGAGAUGGGCAUCUUGGAAUUUGGGUAUUUUUCUGUGUAUUCGAUGUGCUGGUAUUCAUCGGAAUCUUGGAGUCCAUAUUUCAAAAGUGAAGUCGGUCAAUCUGGAUACCUGGACACCAGAACAAGUGGUUAGCCUGCAGCAGAUGGGCAACAGCCGUGCCCGGGCCGUGUACGAGGCAAACCUGCCCGACAACUUCCGCCGGCCGCAGACCGACUCGUCUCUCGAGGCGUUCGUCCGCGCCAAGUACGAGCAGAAGAAGUACAUUGCUCGCGAGUGGGUGCCGCCGCCCGUGCCCAAGGUGAACUGGGACAGGGAGCUGGAGGAGGAGGCGGAGAGGCAGCGCAGGCGCAAGAAGGAGGCGAAGCAGCAGCUGCGCGGCGGCGCGGCAGCGGCCCUGCCCGAGGCGACGGUGCCCCAGCUCCUGCCCAAGCCCAAGAGCACGGGCAGCCCCAAGCCCCCGCGCGAGGCACGCCCGGCCCCUGCGUCCGCCACCCAGGACCUGCUGGGGCUGGAUGCCCCGGAGUGCGUGCCCGCGGGCGGCGCGGCGACGUCUCCCGGGGACGACAUCUUCAGCGGGUUCCUGAGCGCCCCGCCGGUGCCUGCGAGCGCCGACCCCGUCUCGCCGGCGAGGGGGGAGGAGCCGGGCAAGGGCCGGUCCGCUGAGGAGGAGAGCUUCUUCAACCAGCCCGCGCCCAGCGCCCAGGAGAGGCGUCAGCUCACCAAGGACUCCAUCCUGGCGCUGUACUCGACCUCACUGGCCCCUGCCCCGCCCGUGGCGCAACCUGUGUUCGGGAUACCAGGUGGGAUGUACGCGGCACCAAAGGGCGCGUUCCCUCAGCCCGCGCAAGCGCCAAUCGGCUUUCCCGUUCCCAACGGCAUGAUGGCGGCCCAGCCGAUGCCUUCGGGAGUCCAAAACGGUGUGUUCGGAGGCAGCAACCUGAUUGGCCAGCAGCCAGCUGCGGUGGCUUCCAAUCCCUUCUUCAGCAUGGCGGCUCCUGCCGUUGCACAGCUGCCACAGCAGUUUGCACGGCUCGGUCUGGCCACGCCGCAACAAGGCAUGGUGGGGGCGGCGGCUCCCUUGAUGGGAGUGCCCCUCCCCACACAACCAGUCAUGAGCUCCUUCCAGCAGGGGGCUGCCCCCUCGCCCGCCCACACGCUCGCCACCAACCUGUGGCAGUAACGCCACCCUCGCUAGGUACUUACACAUCAAGCCGUUUUGUUAUCGUUCUAUUCGUGAGGAAACAUUCUGCGUCGUUUGCACUUGCCACGCGUACGUAUCACGCUGAGGUAUAGUUAUCUAUCAAAUAAAAUGUACCAUGUGUAUUUUGUAUGUUCAGGUUCAUUUACUCGGUUCGUAUCGGAAAUCGGGGAUAUCGUAAGAUCUCCCAAAACUGCAAAGAUAGAUAAUUGCCAGUACAGCAGCAUUUUGUGAAUGUACUUGCUGGUAUCAUCCUAGCAAAAGAACUAAUUAAGUUUUAUGUUUUGUUGUGUGGGCACUUUGUCUUUCAUUUCCAGAGUUGGUAUAAUGCAAUUAUUAAAGAAAAUUUCUAUAUUGUUUGUGUUUAGCUUAAUAUCUUUAGUAAAAGUUGGAACUGAGAAAUGUUUCUAUGUCCUUUCUUAGGCAUUCAGUAAGUGUGAAGGUGUGUUGAGUUUGCAAAAUGCACCAUAAUAGUUUGAAGAGCACAAGGAAGUAAAAUUUACUUGGCUCUGUGAUUGUUAGGAGAUGCACAUUUCCAAUAAAAUUUUCCUAGCUGACUCUUUAGGAAAGGAAGGUAGGUAGUAAGUAUUUUGAUUAGCACUCUGUGAGAUGUGUCUCUUGUGUAUUGUCAGCUGACCAUGCUUGGUAUAAAAUGUAGUGCAUUUUAAAAACACUGAGAUAAGGUUGCUUCAGUUAUAAACCAUAACAUUUCUUGUGCAUAAGAGUUGUUCAAUUGCUAGAAUGAUAAUUUUUCGUAAUGCCCAUGUAAUUUUUUGAGCUAUUUAGUCUGAACUCAGAAAUUAAAACUUUGAUGUUUCAAAUAGUAGGUCUAGGUAGAUUACAUGCUGUCCAUAGUUUUUAAGUGUGAAGAUUUGUUCAGCCGUGGUAAAUAAAUAAUUCACCACUGAGAAAAUUAUUGAGCAAACAGUGAAAUUUUAGGUUUGAAUUGUAAAAAUCUUAAACAGGGGUAGAUAUGUUGUAAUGUGACAUGGAUGCGUUGUAGAAGACUUGUCUUGUAAACCAGCCUGUUACAAAUGUGUGAUUUAAGAUGUGCAUCUCCUUAUAAAAUAGUACUGAAUUCCGCCCUAACAGCCAACAAAGGAGUACCGUGUUUUAUCGCAUAAUUGUUGCACAUUUUAUGUUAAAAUCUAGUUUGAAACAUUGGGGUGCGUUUUAUGUGGAAAAAAUUGCUUCUUUUUUUUUUAAGGUUAAUUUUUUCAUAAAAACAUGUUGCAUAAAAAGUCCAUUGAAUUAAAAAAAAGCAGAGCAUACAAAGGCACGCCAAACAAUUUAAAUUAAUUAGUCAUGAAACAAAAACAUAAUUUGUUUAACUUAAAAUAUAAAAUCAAAAAUGUGAGCCAGAACGUUUGUGGUGUACCCAUAACUAUUUUGGUAGUACACACUAACAACGAAAUAGUGCAGGCUAUGAAAUAUAGUUCACUCGGCAUGAAAAAGAGCGCGCACGUUGCAUGCAGUUGAUGAGAUAUUGAUAUUUGACUACAUAUGUGCACUCUACACGGGCAUCUACUUAACCAAACAUGAUGCCAACUAGCACAGGCUACGUGGUGGCGACGAACAGGUUAAGGUUAUAACGUUUGAAAUCGUCUUUUAAAGAAAAUUUACACAUUGGACAACUUCAAAAUACGUUGUUUGAUACUGUAAAAUAAGUUUAUAGGCAACAUCUUGCAUGGGAAAAUAUUACAUCUAAUGGGUAAAAUGGCAGGACAAACAUUUGACUGUAUUGGAUAGGAAAUUGUAUUGUGCAGGUAUCUUAAACAAGUUUUACUAUAAUUGUAUUUACUGUAUUUUCCCAUUAUAACUACCACACUGUCUGACAGCAACUUGAAAAUUGACUGCUGUUGAAUGGCGAUUUGUACUGUGAUCUUUGGCAGGGAAACAUACACAAAGCGCUCUGAAUCUAGUAGCAUCAUGCAACUUUUAUGCGAGAAUUUUUUGUCCAAAUUUUGUUGCCCUAAAAUAAUAGUGCAACGAUCAUGCAAUAAAACAUGGUAGUUGGCUUUUGUACCAUGAAAGUGAAUUUGCUUGAUGCAUAGCAUGGAAAACAACUUUUCAUGGGCAACUCUGUAAUGAACAGUAAUUACAAAGGAGUUUUGGCUAGGAUUAGUUCUAAAGAUGAUGUGGAAGAUGAUGUCUGUAGAAUCAUGGAGAGACCAUGGGUAUAAUAGUUAUAUUUUCUUGGAGAGAAAUGUUUGUGUCUGUGAUGUGUAAGUUCGUGUGUAAAUAUUAUCUGUUGAUCUCUUCAUAUUUUAAUAACAUGCAAUAGCUGCAGGGCAGCCAGCAAGUUUUGUAUAAUGUAUUAGGCAUAAAUUAAAGUUCUUUUUGUGUUUCCGGUGUAGUUGUAUGUUGACUUUGUACAUUUGCAGAGGAUGAAGAGAAGUGGCUUCAGGAUGUCAAAGCAUGUCUCUUAGUCUGCCUACUAAUGAACUGCUAAAUCCUUAUUGGUCGACAUAAGAACAUGUCAUCAUGUCCUGAAACCUGCUUCGUUAUACUUGGCUGCAUGUGAACUCUGAUCAUCUGAUCACAUGUCAAUACUCAGAAUGGUUCAUAGAAUAUUUGUCUGUAUGCAGGGUGCUAGUUAAGUAGUAUGUAGCACAAAGACUUGUGUAUGUGUAAAUAUAGCUGCAAAUUACUGUAUUUACCAAAAAUUGAUAAUUACUUCCCACAUCCAUCUAUUCAGUAAAAAACUGAAACCUCAAAGUUAUAGUUGACUUUUAUAUCAUUUGGCCUAAAAUAUCUGCAUGAAAUUGUUUUUUCCCCAAUAAUAAAAUUAUGUGAUAGAGGUACUUAAAUUAAUGUAAAAAAGAUUGAAAUCUGUAAAUGUGAAUAUGCUAAAUUUUGUAGCAAGCUACUUUAUGAAAAAAAAUUUAAUAUCUAAAAUUAUGCACAUAAUUGGGUUUGUUAGUUUCACAGCUUAAGAAUUUAAUUUUCAGCAUUUGGGUGAAGAUUGUGAUGUAAUCUAGCCAAUUAAUUUUAAAUAUUUGCAAGCUAUCAAUUAUUAUUUCUGUUUAAAUAAUCACUGUCACAUUUAUAACAAUUGUUGUUAAGGAGAAAAGUAUUAUUCUUUUGUGUUUUUAUAAAAUUUGAUUCUCACUGUUUUUGUUGCCAAAUAUGAAACAUUGUGAUAAUCAUAUCUUCUCAGUGACACAAUUUACUUCAAGUAGUAUUAAUAAAAAUGCCAUAAUUAGUCAGUAUCUUUACUAGAUCUUCAAAUUAGUAUAAUGAAAAUGUACUUUCAAAUCUUGGGAGAUUUUAUGUUAAUCAUGAAAGGAUAUUGAUUUAGACAUAGCUGAAACUUACUCAUUUAUAAUUUACAUUUUCAUUUGUUGCUUGCUGUAGGAUUCUCAUGAGGUUGAACCUGUUAAGUAGUUUAUCCAAUGCAGAAUUCCGCUUUUUGCGUAGAUACUGUAAUAAUAAAAAGAGAGGAAGAAAAUUUACUUAAGUUUAAUUUGGUGUUACAGUUUGGUAUAACUUGAAAUUAAAGAUAUUUAUUUCUUUGGGGCCUAAUAUUACAAUGUACCUUCGAAAAAAGUGUAGAAGUGAAAGUAUAGCCGUGUUACCGGCCAUCUACUGUCUCUAAACAUACAGCUGCAUUCCAGGGACUGGAUAGCUGGUUAGUGGGCGGUAUCACUUAAUCUCAAUACUACUGUGUAACAUUUAUGCACGUAAAUGAAUUAGAAGUUUUUUUUCAUCCCUUAAAAAAUCCAAUAGGAAGGUUCUACUGUACAGCGAUGUAAAUGUUAGGCAGCACAUACAAGUGCAGAUUAUAAAUGUGAAAAGAAGAUAUAUCAUCUUGCACUGUACUUUUUUUUUAUAUAUAUACAUAUAGCUUUGAGAGAUUUGUUGGACCAGUUUGCAAUUAAGUUACUGGCUUUUCUAUUGUAAAAUGUGAGAGUUUGACUUGUCAAAUAUAUCCUCAUCUGAAAAUGUUAAAA